AUGGCUGCUUCCACGCUGCUCGACCAGCUCAGGACGCUGAGUGCUGUUGAUUGUGAUACUCUUGAUGUCGAGGUCGCCCGGAAACUGGGACCGUUCGUGGACUGCACUUCAAACCAGGCAAUCGCUUUUGGCGAGUUGAGUAAGGUCGACGCCGAUGGAGUCCCAGUGUAUAAGAGCCUUAUCAGCAAGGCUAUCCAGCUGGCCCAUUGGAAGCUUGCAAGACACGUGGAUGCCACUCUUGAGGAGCUUGCUGUCGAAAUCAUGAUGGUCUUGCUCUUGCUCCAGUUCGCCCCGUACCUGAAAGGGUACUGCCACAUCCAGACGAAUCCGAGAUGGUCGUAUUCUACACAGAAGACGGUCAAAAACGCCGAAAGAAUCGUAUCACACUUUGAAGAACUCUCAUCCGAAGUGCCAGGGUUUGAUAUCAAGAGGGUAUGCAUCAAAAUUGCUUCCACCUGGGAAGGGCUGCAGGCAUGCCGCGAACUAGAGAAGAGAGGCAUCGCGACUCUCGCAACGACCAUGUUCUGCAUGGAGCAGGCAGCACUCGCCGCCGAUGCCGGAUGCACAUACAUCGCCCCGUAUGUGAACGAGCUGCGCGUGCACUUCGACCCGAGUUACACGGACGCCAACAAGGCUUUCGCCUUCUGCGGGGAGGCCCAGCGUUACUACGAGCUCUGCGGGUCCAAGACACGGGUCCUGCCGGCAAGCCUGACAUCCGCUGAGGAGGUGAUGCAGCUCGCGGGCAUCCACCACAUCACGGUAUCGCCGCCGUUGUUGGCGGAGCUGGCCGCGACGCCCGCCGAGGGCUGGAAGAGCAGCGAUGUGGUUGGCCAGACGCUGAGAGAGGCCCCGAUCCCGCCGGCAUCGGCUGGCGGUCUGUACGACAGCAUCGUCCGAGACGAGGCGGCGUGGCGGCUCGCGUUCACGCGGUCCAAUAAUGGCGGGAGCGAGGGGAAGAUCAUCCAGGCCAUCAAUAUAUUCUUGCGUAUGCAGGAUGACCUGGAAAACAUGGCCCGUCAACAGUCGGCAGUAGUUUGA